GGAGGAGAUGCUGCUGUCUGUGACGGCAAAACAAGAAUCAUUUAAAGGAAACAGUCACAUUAAAAGAUAGGUUAUAUCAUGGACAAUAACGACCCUUACCUUCAUUUAAACUCUCCUGUGCAGGUCAGCCACGCUCACCUGGGCUCCCAACCCUCACAGAACCCCCUCGGCGGCAUGGUCGCACACCACUCAUCUGUCAUCAGUGGUCUGGGCUCCGCCUACUCCGUCAUAACCUCCUCCCCUUCUGUCUCCAUGCCAACCACAACCCACAUGGACUAUGGAGGACUCAAUGGUCCACAGAUGAAUUCUUUGAACACCGUGAGUAGCUCAGAGGAUGUGAAGCCUCCUCCAGGUCUGGGUGGACUGAGCCAUAUCAGCAGCUAUCACGCCACCAGCCCCAGCUCCCUCUCCAAACACAUCUGUGCCAUCUGUGGAGACCGAUCCUCUGGGAAGCACUACGGUGUGUACAGCUGUGAGGGCUGCAAGGGUUUCUUCAAAAGAACCAUCCGGAAAGACCUCACCUACACAUGCAGAGACAAUAAAGAGUGCCUGAUUGACAAACGGCAGCGAAACCGUUGCCAGUACUGCCGCUACCAGAAGUGUCUGGCCAUGGGCAUGAAGAGGGAAGCUGUGCAGGAGGAGAGGCAGCGUGGUCGGGAGAGAGGAGAGAACGAAGUGUCCACCAGUGGCUUUAAUGAAGACAUGCCGGUGGAGAAGAUCCUGGAUGCCGAGCUCGCCGUGGAGCCUAAGACAGAGGCCUGCAUGGAGGCCAAUUCAGGAGGCUCAACGAACGACCCGGUCACCAACAUCUGCCAAGCAGCCGAUAAGCAACUCUUUACUCUGGUGGAGUGGGCCAAGAGGAUCCCACACUUCUCUGAGCUACCUCUGGAUGACCAGGUCAUCCUUUUACGAGCAGGCUGGAAUGAGCUGCUCAUUGCCUCGUUCUCUCAUCGCUCUGUAACGGUGAAAGACGGCAUCCUGCUGGCCACGGGCCUGCACGUCCACCGCAGCAGUGCUCACAGCGCCGGAGUCGGCUCUAUCUUCGACAGGGUACUGACAGAGCUGGUAUCUAAGAUGAAAGACAUGCAGAUGGACAAGACAGAGCUGGGGUGUCUGAGAGCCAUCGUCCUCUUUAACCCAGAUGCAAAGGGUCUGUCUAACCCAUCAGAAGUGGAAAGUUUGAGGGAAAAAGUAUAUGCCUCGCUGGAAUCUUACACCAAACACAAAUACCCAGAUCAGCCUGGCAGGUUUGCGAAGCUCCUCCUGCGGCUGCCUGCGCUGCGUUCCAUUGGACUGAAGUGCCUGGAGCACCUUUUCUUCUUUAAGCUGAUUGGUGACACACCGAUAGACACGUUCCUCAUGGAGAUGCUGGAAGCACCACAUCAGAUCACCACAUGACCCUGAUUCUGCUCUCUGUACAUACCCCCUUCCACCCCCCCACCCCCCAACCCCCCCAGC